AUGUCUACAAACGUUCGAUCGGAGCGACUGGCGAAGUAUUUCGGAACCGUCGUCAAUGGAAAGCAAAAAGUCCAGCAUCUGAACGAUUUCAAGCGAUUUAUUGAAGCAAUCCUGGACCAGAUUGAUCCUAGUAUUGUUGUUCAGCGAACUAUCUCAAGCCAAAGCGCUCUAGAUGCCUUGCGAAAUGGAUUGAGGUUCAACCUCACCCCGGUCUUCAUCAACGGGUACACCGCAAAGUUGAUUCAAUACUUGAACCACCGUGAGGUCAAGCUCCUCUGUAAUGGCCAAUUUCUUGAGCAACUUCUUCUGAUCAUUUUGGAGCCUCGUACCCUCUGGGGCGCACUUUUGGAGGCGUUCCGUACUCGGAAACUGGAAGAUCAUGCGAUCCAGGCUCUAUGCUGGUUGAUGAUUGAGUUGCUUUCAGUGCCUCCCUCUUCUGGGGUGGAUAUUAGAGCUGAUGCUCAAGCUGUUUUGGAUGAUGGAUCGCUUUUCUCUUCACCUUCGGUUGACAUACGAAACUUCGGCCACAAGAUCAGAUAUUGCCUGGAGAUGAAAUCACCUGCAACCGCCCCCCAGAACUCCGAAAUCACUGCAGGUGGCCGGCAUGAUAAUGAUUUUGCCGAUUUCCGCUUAACGGCAAUCUUUCCUACCGCCGAUGAGAUGGGAUGUACGGAGAAACCGUUUUAUCGCCGUGCUGAAGACAUCGCGCAGUUGUCCAGUGGCCAGCGUAUUGCGGGCCACGUUGACAAUCAGUUUCGUCUUUUACGAGAGGAUAUGCUCUCGGAGCUUCGCGAUGACUUUCAAAUUGCAAAAGGCACGAAGAGGGGCCGACGGUCGGCUUUCCACCUAAAGGAUAUCUCUCUCGCUCACGUCCGCUGCACUUCUGGAACCUCAAACCAUCUCCGACCAUGUACCAUUGGUGUUACUGCCAAGUAUGGCCUUGAAAGACUCAAGAAUCUCUCAGCAGAUGCUCGCAAAGCUUUCUUGAAGAGCACGCCUCAGUUUGUCAAGCAUCGUGCCUUUGGUUGCUUGAUCAGAGGCACAGAAAUUGUCGCUUUUGCUACAAUCGAAAGAGACAUCGAUGAACUGGUCUCCAACCCCCCAGUUGUUAUGCUACGUAUCACAGGCGAAGAGGCGCUCAAAAAGUCUCUUCUUUAUUUAAAACUCUACCAUGACGUGGAGUUCUUGCUUGUUGACACAGCAAUGUUUGCCUACGAGCCAAUUUUGAAAUGUUUGCAGGAGAGAAUAGAGCUACCUCUCACAGAGGAGCUGUUCCUUUACGAAAGAGACCAACCUGUGAAGGAUUCAAGUCUAGCUCCUUGGAAUGUGGUCAACAAGUUGAAGGGAGAAUAUGGACAUAAUAUCCAGAGCACCCUUCAAACUUCAAUGCCAGUGACACUGGACGCUUCACAGCUGGAUUCUCUGUUGGCCGGAUUGACACAGAGAGUGAGUCUUAUUCAAGGACCGCCAGGUACUGGCAAGUCAUUCAUCGGUGCCCUUCUCGCAAAAGCCCUGCAUGAUAAUACUCAAGACAAAAUCCUGGUUAUGUGCUACACGAAUCAUGCCUUGGACCAGUUUCUGGAAGACCUGUUAGACAUUGGUAUUGAUCCCUCUGCCAUUGUAAGACUGGGGUCCAAGUCAACAACACGCACCGAGCCGCUUGGAUUGUUUAAGCAGCAUUCAUCCUACAGGAGGGACCCCACCACUUGGAACACCAUCCAUGCCCUUGAAGCGGAUGGAAAUGAGCAGAAAGACACCUUGAAUAGCUCUUUCCAAAAUUACAAGAACCUCGCAGCUAAUGCUGCAUCCAUCUUGGACUAUUUGGAGUUUGAAGAACCAGAGUACUUUGCAGCUCUGACCGUACCAGAGGACAAAAACGGCAUGACUAUGGUCACCAAGCGUGGAAAGACAAUCAAAAGAGACUACCUCUAUGAACGAUGGGUCAGAAAUGAAAGCCCAGGAGUGUGUUCUGAUCUUCUACCUGCUCAUUGUCGCGACAUCUGGGCGUUGGACCAGAAAAUACGGGAGGAGAAAGCGAUUUCUUGGAAGAGAGCUCUGAUCAGUGAACAGGCGGAGUCUUUGAGCAUCAACAUAACAUUGUUUGACAAAUGCCAAAGCCAAUUGAGCGCAACCCUAGGGGAGAAAAAUCGCGAAAUUUUAAAGUCAAAGCGAAUCAUCGGCUGCACCACUACAGCAGCAGCAAUGUAUUCUGAGAACAUUCGACAUGCUUCGCCUGGCAUCGUGCUUCUCGAAGAAGCGGGCGAGAUCCUUGAGUCCCAUGUGCUCACCGCAAUGACACCGGAUACCAAGCAUUUGAUCUUGAUAGGAGAUCAUCAGCAGCUACGACCAAAGAUCAAUAGCUACAGCUUGAGUACAGAGAAAGGGGAUGGCUAUGACCUGAACGUCUCCCUUUUCGAAAGACUCAUUCAUGCUGGGUAUCCACAUACGACACUGAUGAAGCAGCAUAGGAUGUGUCCCGAGAUCUCAAGUCUUGUACGCAAUCUCACCUACCCUGGGCUGGAAGACGACCGAAAGACUAAGAACCGCCCUCAACCACGAGGGCUGUGCGACAGAGUGAUAUUUUUCCAUCAUCAAAAUCCCGAAGAUAUUUUUGUGGAAGUAUCUGACCUACGUGAUGAGAACUCGAAGGGAAGUAAGAGGAAUGCGUUUGAGGCAGAGAUUGUUCUCAAGAUUGUGAAGUAUCUCGGACAGCAGGGGUAUGGAACAGACAAACUGGUCGUGUUGACUCCGUAUUUGGGCCAGCUGAGUCUACUAAGGCAGACUCUAAGCAAACAGAACGAUCCAGUUCUAAACGACCUCGACUCUUACGACCUUGUCAAAGCAGGGCUCCUAUCGCAGGCUGGUGCUUCUCACUCUAAGCGUCCCAUCAAGCUAUCUACAGUUGACAAUUUCCAAGGAGAAGAGAGUGAAAUUGUUAUAGCUUCACUCACUCGCAGCAACAAAACUGGAGACAUAGGGUUCAUGGCAGCCCCCGAGCGCCUCAACGUCCUUCUUUCCCGGGCCCGAAAUGUCCUCAUUCUGGUGGGAAACUCGGAAACAUUUGUCUCUAGUCGAAAAGGCCAAAGGCACUGGAAGCCAUUCAUUGACCAACUGAAGUCAGAGGGGCAUCUAUACGAUGGACUGCCCGUUCAAUGCGAGCAACAUCCCCAGACAAAUGCCAUCCUCCGAACAGUGGAGGACUUCAAUAGAGAAUGCCCGGAUGGGGGAUGCUCUGCACCCUGCGGCGUGAAACUGAGUUGCGGAGUACACGAGUGCCCUUCAAAAUGCCACCAGAUUGCGGACCAUUCAAAAAUGAAGUGCACAAAGAUCGUGGAAUGGAAGUGUCCCCGAGGUCAUUGUCUAUCUCUGUCAUGUUCCCAGACUAAGCGUUCGUGUCGUUUCUGCAUUUUAGAAGACCAGGUCAAAGAGCGCAAGCGCAAACGUGAUCUCGAGUUGGAGACUGAACGGCAAAGAAAGCAGAAUGAGUACGCACGGCAGCUUGCAGAGGCUCAGGAGGAGGCUGCGCACCUCAAGCGUGAGAGACGUGAUAAAUUCGAUGAUGCGGAACGUGCAAGGGUUCUUGAACAAUACCGUCAGGAAAUUGAAGAUUUGAAGAAUCCUCCUCGACCGGCAGCUCCUCGACGGAGGUUGAGCUCUGGGACAAUUGCGAGCACACCCUCAACCACCACAAAAGCAAGCACGGAUUCGAGCGGUACAAUCACUCAAAGUCCUAGUGUUGAGUCGACAAGCCGACAGGUAAUGCCGGCGCAGAAGAUAUCGGCCGCCAAAAGAGACUGGGAGUAUCAAAAGCAGUUCUUCAACGCCCAAAGCCAGGAAAUUGACAAGUUAAUCGACAUGAUCGGACUUACAUCAGUGAAAACAAAAUUUUUGUCUACCAAAGCGAAAGUCGAUGUCGCCAUCAGACAAAACAUCGAUUUGAGCCGCGAUCGAUUCGGAUCUGUAUUGCUUGGGAAUCCUGGUACCGGAAAGACAACCGUUGCCCGUCUCUAUGCAAAGUUCCUAUCGUCCAUGGGGAUAAUUCCCGGCGACAAAUUCAUCGAGACAACGGGGUCCAGGCUCGCGAAUGAUGGUAUUUCCGGAUGUCAAAAAAUAAUUGAAACCUUGCUGAAAGAUGGCGGCGGUGCUAUAUUUAUCGAUGAAGCGUAUCAACUCGUCGGCAGCAGUUUAGGCGGUACCCAGGUUCUGGAUUUCCUCUUGGCUGAGGUUGAAAAGCUCACUGGAAAAGUGGUCUUCAUUCUUGCAGGAUAUCAACGACCGAUGGAGAACUUCUUCGCGCACAAUCAAGGACUUCCGAGUCGUUUCCCUCAUGAGCUUAAGUUUGAAGAUUUUGAUGACACUGAGCUGAUGCAGAUUUUGGUGGGGUGCAUCGAAAAGACAUACAGAAAGCAAAUGAAAGUCGAGGAUAACCUCGGAGGACUUUACUGUCGCAUUGUAGCUCGUCGAAUUGGGAGAGAGCGUGGUCGUGAGGGCUUUGCUAAUGCAAGAGCUGUUGAGAAUGCCAUGUCCAAGAUCUCUGAGCGUCAAGCUGCACGGCUCAGCCUGGAAAGACGACAGGGUGGCAGCAAUGUUAAUGAUUUCUUUCUGAGCAAGGAAGACAUGAUCGGGCCAGAUCCAUCACAGGCUUUGAAAACAUCCAAUGCGUGGCAAAAGCUGCAGACCAUGAUUGGUUUGGACUCUGUGAAGAAGACCGUGGAGGCCAUUUUAGACACCAUGCGAUACAACUACCACCGUGAGCUAGAUGAGAAGCCCCUGGUUGAGUACAGUCUCAACAAAGUUUUCUUGGGAAAUCCCGGAACGGGGAAAACAUCAAUCGCAAAGAUCUACGGUCAGAUACUUGUGGAUAUCGGGUUCUUGUCUAAUGGCGAAGUGGUGGUAAAGAACCCGUCAGACUUUGUAGGCAGCGUGAUUGGAGAGUCCGAAAAGAAUACCAAGGGGAUACUCGCAUCUACUUUGGGAAAGGUUCUAGUCAUCGACGAGGCCUACGGAUUGUUCGCUGGAGGCACCUCGGAUGGAGCAGGUCCCAGGAGUGACCAAUACAGAACUGCCGUGAUAGACACCAUUGUGGCAGAAGUACAAAGCACACCUGGUGACGAUAGGUGUGUCUUGCUUCUGGGUUACAAGGACCUUAUGGAAGAGAUGUUUCAGAAAGUCAACCCUGGCCUCAGCCGGCGCUUCCCAAUUGACCAGGCAUUUGUCUUCGAAGACUUCACUUCGAGUGAACUGGAUGCGAUUCUGAAUCUGAAGCUCAAAGAGCAAGGAUUCGGCAUAACUGAUCGUGGCCGCUGCGUGGUAUUGGAGAUGCUCGAGCGUUCUCGGAAUCGACCACAUUUUGGCAAUGCAGGCGAGAUUGAUAACCUCCUCAACACCGCCAAGAUGCGGUAUCAAAAGCGCUUGUCUUCCAUCAAGCGCCCUGGCUCUGUUCCAGAUUCUAUUCUUGAUGCUCCUGACUUCGAUGAAGACUUUGAUCGCGCAGAUAAAAAUGAGAGUGUUGCGAAGAUGUUUGAAGGCGUCAUAGGAUGUGAAGAUAUCGUUGCCAAACUGGAAGGCUAUCGGAAAUUGGUUCAGAGCCUCAGACGACUGGACUUGGAUCCUCGCACACAAUUGCCAUUUAACUUUGUUUUCCGCGGUCCUCCAGGCACUGGAAAGACAAGCACGGCCAGAAAGAUGGGUCAGGUCUACUACGACAUGGGCUUGCUAGCUUCGAGUGAAGUAGUGGAAACCUCAGCAACGGACCUAGUGGGUCAAUACAUCGGCCAGACAGGCCCGAAAACCCAACAAGUCUUAGAACGUUGCCUUGGAAAGGUAUUGUUCAUUGACGAAGCCUAUCGGCUCGCCGAGGGACAUUUCGCCAAAGAGGCCAUGGACGAGAUCGUGGAUGGCAUUACCAAACCCAGGUUUGCCCAAAAGCUGAUCAUCAUUCUAGCCGGUUAUGAUGCGGACAUCAACCGUCUCAUGUCAGUAAAUUCGGGGCUCACUAGUCGUUUCCCAGAGUCUCUUCAAUUCGACCCACUGUCCUCGGCAGAUUGUGUUAAGUUAAUGUGCGAGCUCUUGUUGAAAGAAAAACGAGAUCUCUUGAGCAAAUCACAAGCUCAAUUCGACUUGGUCUGCUUGGAGAGUCCAGACUUUGAGUUUAUGAAGGGGAUGUCGGAGCGCCUUGAUAGACUUUCAGAAACUUCUGGUUGGGCAAACGCACGAGACGUUGGAACGCUCACGAAGACAAUUUUUGGCAAAACGCUUCAGUCAUCCAGUGGAAAGAGGCUGACGCUGAGCAAAGAUUCGGUGCUUGAAGCCCUCGACUCAAUGCUCAAUGAGCGAUCCAGCCGGGAAGUCUACUCGCAAAACCCCGCCUCAACUACAAUCAAACCAAGAGAGCGAACAGACAUGGCGAUCCGUACUCAACCUUUGAGCAAACCUGUUACCAAACUGGACAAUCAAGGCUCAGUCAGCGAGAACGUGGUCUCUAGCAAGGAGACAGCCACGACGGAGCCCGAACCAGCCAAUUCCACUUCCACCACGGAACGAGAUGCCGGCGUCACAGACGAAGUGUGGUAUCAACUAGAAAAGGACAAAGCUCUGGCAGAAGCCAAAGAGAAAGAGUAUCUGCGCUUGAAAGAGGAAGAGGAAGAACAGAAGAAGGAGAUAUUGAAAUUGAAAGCAGAGGAGGAAAAGGCAGCACGGGAGCUCGAAGAGGCAAAAAAGAAAGCAGAUGAAGAUGCCAAAAGACGACACGAACAAGCCCGACUGCAGCAUGAAUUGGAGCGCAGGAGACAGGAAGCAAUUUUCGAAACACUCCGCAAACAACAAAAAGCUUUAGCUGAAGCACGUCGUAAGGAACAGGCUAAUCAGACCAAGCUGCGGAGCAUGGGACUCUGUGUUGCUGGUUUUCAAUGGAUUAAACAAAGCGGUGGAUAUCGAUGUGCCGGAGGUUUCCAUUGGGUGUCGGAUGCUGAACUCGGAAAUUCCUGA